GUAGAUGUUAUGCUUCUUCCUACUGGAUAUAAUUCUAAUCAACCUCCUUCUACUGAAAAAUUUUAUGAUUAUGAUCAAUGUUCAAUUUUAUUAGAUACUGAAGAUUCGCGACAAGUUUUAAUUUGUGGUUAUGCAUAUCAUA